AGUUAACGCUCGCACAAGUGCGUUGUUGCGUCCGCUCGCGCUUUCUCACGCGCAGUCAAUGGAGUCGCUGCGUGUUUAUGGAAUUACUGACAUUUAUGAAAACUCAUUAAUAGAUCGGUUUGUGAUAAUCAAUCUCGAUGGUUUAUAAUCGGAUUCCAGCGGUAGUUUAAUGACAGUAAGACGCUCAUAGGCGUGUUUAACACGGCGUUAAGAUUCACUGCGGCCUGACGAUUACAUCUCCAUUAUUAAAAUAUUAAAACAUUGUCAUACUUUAGUUUUCAGUCAUAAAUUAAGUGCGUGGACUCAUGUAAAUAUGGCACAAGAGGGAGCGGUUGCGAUGCAGCAGAUUGUGGACAGGAGUUGUUGGGUGUGUUUUGCCACAGAUGAGGAUGACCGUACGGCGGAGUGGGUGCGUCCGUGCCGCUGCCGUGGUUCGACUAAAUGGGUUCAUCAGUCUUGUCUUCAGCGCUGGGUUGAUGAGAAACAGAGGGGCAACAGCACCGCACGCGUUGCCUGCCCACAAUGCAAUGCUGAAUACCUCAUCGUGUUCCCUAAGCUUGGGCCGGUGGUGUAUGUGCUGGAUCUGGCAGACAGGUUGAUCUCGAAGGCCUGUCCGUUUGCUGCUGCUGGUAUCAUGGUGGGAUCCAUUUACUGGACGGCUGUCACAUACGGCGCCGUCACAGUCAUGCAGGUUGUGGGUCACAAGGAAGGUCUGGAUGUGAUGGAACGGGCCGAUCCUCUCUUCUUGUUGAUUGGCCUGCCCACCAUCCCAGUUAUGCUAAUUCUAGGGAAGAUGAUUCGCUGGGAGGAUUAUGUGCUCCGCCUCUGGAGGAAAUACUCCAAUAAGCUUCAGAUCCUUAACAGCAUCUUUCCAGGUAUUGGCUGCCCAGUGCCGAGGAUCCCGGCGGAGGCCAGUCCGCUGGCCGAUCACGUGUCAGCCACACGCAUUCUGUGCGGCGCCCUCGUGUUCCCCACCAUCGCCACCAUCGUGGGUAAACUGAUGUUCAGCAGCGUCAACUCAAACCUUCAGAGGACCAUUCUGGGUGGCAUAGCGUUUGUGGCUAUUAAAGGGGCGUUCAAGGUUUAUUUCAAGCAGCAGCAGUAUCUCCGACAAGCUCAUCGCAAGAUCCUCAAUUUCCCUGAGACGGAGGAGGCCUGAGCUCAUCAUCAAACCUCUGUUCGAUUCCAUCCACGACAUUUUGAUUUCACGCAGCUUUGAGGGACACUACAGGACAUUGACGCUGGAUUUGGUUUUCUGUUUUUUUGUGAAUGCGACUAUUACGUUUGGCAUUUGAAUAGUGACUCUUUAAUCAGACCUGGGAGUGCGUUACUCAUUUUAUGGGAUUUGACAUUUUAAGAAAGAAAUAAAUAUUGAAAGGUUUUAUAUUAAUAAGUGGCUGUUUUACAUUGAAUUAGAAAUGUUCAGGUGAAUCACUAUCUUUCAAAUGAAUCUUUAAAGCAUGCAAAAGACGACGUGCCGUUUCACAUGAAGCACUUUCUUCCUUCAUUAACAAUUCGACUAGUGAAUGCAAUAUUCAGUUCUAAAGGCAAACUAAUAAUCUUCUAAAACAACUUUUUUUAUGUGGUCUUCUCGGAUGAAUUUCCCCAUUUCCUGUUAUAUUUCACGCCAAAAUCGAAAGAAAUAAGUUGCUUUGCAAGAAAAAAGCAAGCAAGUCUGGACACAGUGAUUUUUGUUUCAAUUUUAAAUCAAUUUAGUACGUAUAUACUGUUAAAAUUAUACAAAUUGAAAAUUUAUUUUGUAUGAAAUUAAGUUUUUCUUUUUUCAAAUUAUGUAAAAAAUUUCACAAAUCAAAAAAUCUUUUUUUAAAAAUGCAAAAUCAAUAUUUAAUGGGGUGAAACAUGACAGCAUUUGUGAAAUUCACCGUCUUGCCUGCCUUCACAUAGUUUAAGCGAUCAUGUUUCAUUUCUAUCUUUGUGAUGUUGAUGUCUGAGUUUCAGGGAGUCAGUCUGUUAAGGGCCCUGUAGAAUCCAGUGUUUGCUCCUUAAUUGAUCACUCUAUUAAUACAUUAUGGUUCCUGAUGCCUCAUAACUGCUGUUAAUAAACCUGUUUCAUAAUAUAUUCCCAGAAAUAAAUAGUCAUGUAGAACAGUGAACUUUAAGAGUAUUAGUGGCCUUUUUAUUACACCAAGACAAAAUAUAUCUCUUAAAGGUUACAUGGUUCAAAUAGACAGGUUUAUUUGGUGAACAUGCCAUUUUUUUCUGAAUCGUUGUUUUAUGACUUGUAAUUCACGUAGCGCAUCUGUUUUAUCUCCAGCGAUCAGCUAUUAUAAUAUGGAUGAAAUUGGGAGAAAACAGUAUAUAAUGACAGUGGCAGUGCAUACUAGUAUUGUUUUGUAAUGCAGUAUUACACUACAGUGGGAGUUUGUGAUGAAACAUCUUCCAGUGGGCAGUGAGAGACUUGUGUAAAUAACUCGGCUUAACACCUAACUGUCAGAGUGCUAUUAGAGUUCAAAUACAUCAUUACAGCUUUUAAUGAUAGGCGUAACCCUGAAAGAACAUGUUUAAGGGUGACGUAGUUGCUAAGAAAUAGUGUUUAGCUACACCAACUGCAAGACUAACAGUAGCAGAUGAGUUUUUCUGUUGGCUAAAAUGAUUUUAAAUUCUCACUUCCUUUUCAGCAUCUACUUGUGCUGUAUAAUAUCAGUGGGGUAUGUGUGAUGUCUCCUGUUGUACAGAUGAAGCACAAUGCCAAAUGCAUUGCAAGAUGCGUUGUACAGAUGCAGCUUCUGAAUUCAUAGUUUCUUGGUUGAGUUAUGUAAAUAAAUGUAUUUUUCCAAAGCCUGA